AUGUCAGCAGUGGUGUGCGUUCUUUCACAUGGAGAAAAAGGGUGUGUCUUUGGCACUGAUGGGGAAAGGGUGUUCCUGGAAGAGCUGACGGACCCCUUUACAAGUGGAAGAGCCUCAACCUUGGCAGGGAAGCCCAAACUCUUCUUCAUUCAAGCCUGUCAGGGUGAAGAAUACCAGAAAGGAUACCCUCAAAGCAGCAGAGAGGACGAGAACCAAAACAAAGGAGCACUGCAAUCAGACGCCUCAGUCCCUGAUGAGACAGUGCUAGUGCCUGAACGAGCAGACUUUCUGAUCGGCAUGGCCACAGUAGAGGAGUGCAAGUGCUUUCGAAACACAGUCACGGGAUCUAUCUACAUCCAGGAGCUGUGCAAGCAGCUGACAAUAGCAGCAAGAAGCCAGGCGAUGGACGAUAUUCACACUGUCCUGACACGUGUGAACGGGGAGAUCAGCGAAGGAGAGUAUUCAACCCACAAACAAAUGCCGGAGCCCAAAUACACUCUCACCAAGAAGCUUGUCCUCAAAUAUAUAUGA